AAAUGUCGUAAUCACCAAAUGGUUAAAAGACCCGAUGGCAUCACUUCUUUAAAUUAGUUAGGUUCAACUCUUAAAAAUAAAGUGAUAGCUAGAUACUUUGAUACUCCAAGUGAAAUUCACACAGAAAUUCACAUUGUAGUUGCUUUAUAUUAGUAUAGGCUUGCACUCUCAUAGAUGCGUUGUCUCAAUUGGUUUCCAGGUGCAUCAUCCUUCAAAUGCCCAUGUAUUGUCAUGAAGUUGGUGCUUUAAUUUCUUCCUUCAGAGGAACCGAAUAUUUGUUGAACAGUUUGAACAUGCUGUUUUUUUAAUGUCUGUAUUAAGCAAAAAUAUUUGAAUAUACACAUGUAUUACUAUAAUAAGAAAGGAGAAAAUAAGGGCAUCUUUGUGUGGAGUUUGCAUGUUCUCCCAUUGUGUGUGUGGGGGGGUUUUCUUCGGGUACUCCAGUUUCCUCCCACAUUCCAAAAACAUGCAUGUUAGGUUAAUUGGAGACUCUAAAUUGCCCAUAGGUAUGAAUGUGAGUGAAUGGUUGUUUGUCUAUACUAUAUGUGCCCUGAGAUUGGCUGACGACCAGUCCAGGGUGUACCCCCCUCUCGCCCAAGGUCAGCUGGGAUAGGCUCCAGCAUACCCCCGCCACCCUAGUGAGGACUAGCGGCUUAGGAAAUGGAUGGACGGAUGGAGAAAAGAAGGCACUAUGUGGUCAAAGGUCCUGAGAAAACGCUGUAUGAAGGAGGUUACUAUCAUGGAAAGCUCAUAUUCCCUCGGGACUUCCCAUUUAAGCCACCAAGUAUUUACAUGAUAACACCUAACGGCAGAUUUAAAUGUAAUACAAGGCUAUGUUUGUCCAUCACAGACUUCCAUCCGGACACAUGGAACCCGGCAUGGUCCGUCUCCACCAUCCUCACAGGUCUGCUCAGCUUCAUGGUGGAGAAAGGUCAUACCGUGGGGAGCAUCAAGACCUCUGACCACACGAAACGACAGCUCUCAGCCCAAAGCCUCGCCUUCAACCUCAACGACAAAGUCUUCUGUGAAUUGUUCCCCGAUGUCGUCAAGGAAAUGAAGCAGAAAGUUCAGGAAGAGUUAAAUGCCCACACCCAGCCCCUCCCCUUGCCCGAUGUGGUGGCCGAUGGCGACUCCAAGCAGGCCCAUUACCACCUCCCUGCCCUCGAUGGUAGUCCCGUCCCGCUCGAGGCCCCCAACCCUGCCAGCCUGCAGCACCCCAAUCACAGUCAUGGACUUUUAGGCAGCGCCUUAGCCAAACUGUUCGUCAUCGUAGGCUAUCGUAAAAAGCUAUAAAUACUUUUGACACAGACAUCAAGGUUCAACAGUUGCACAUUGUGAGUCUUGAAAGUUCCACAAGGGAAUGAUGGGUGAAAGAAAUGGUUCAGUGUCAUUUUAUGCUUUAUAAGUUAUUCAUAUUCAAGUUGUUUCAGCUUGCAUUGAUUCAGUGGCUCAAAAUAAAAUGAAGACAUUUGUGUAUUGCAGUUUUAUUUUGUCACUGACUUUUGAUUUCCUUCCUCAUUGAAGCUAAAACAAAACUCACAAUUUAGAAUUUUUUGUAACAAUAUUUUUACUUUAGAUUUUACAGAAUGUCUACUGGACAACAGAA